UGCACUUUACUCCAUACACACAGCCGUGCAUGCUGCAGGAAUUACCCACAAUCCCCCGAGCAGGAACAUGCUGAGAGUACGCUGUCUGAGAGGAGGGAGCCGAGGAGCCGAGGCCGCUCACUUAAUCGGAGCCAUGAUGGGUCGUACCGUGUCCCGCUGGGUUCAGAAGGCGUUUCAGAGCUCGAGCUCGGCCGCUGCGGUCAGAUCCCACACAGUGGAGGUGACCGUCACCGAGCCCGUACCUGAUGAGUGUCCGGUCUGCAGUUAUAACGAGUGGGACCUGCUGGAGGAAGUGAUUGUAGGGCGCGCGGAAAACGCAUGCGUUCCUCCAUUUACUGUCGAGGUCAAGGCAAACACGUACGAGAAGUACUGGCCAUUUUAUCAGAAAUUCGGAGGGCAGACAUUCCCUGAGGAGCACCUGAAGAAGGCGAUUACUGAAAUCGAGGAAAUGUGCAAUAUCCUGCGCCACGAGGGCGUCACUGUGAGGAGACCCGAACCCAUCAACUGGUCCGCCGAGUACAAAACCCCCGACUUCACAUCCACAGGUAUGUAUGCAGCCAUGCCCCGGGACAUCCUGCUGGUUGUGGGGAACGAGAUUAUCGAGGCUCCGAUGGCGUGGAGAGCUCGGUUCUUCGAGUAUCGCGCUUACAGGCCACUCAUUAAAGAGUACUUUAGACAAGGAGCAAAGUGGACCACUGCACCCAAACCCACCAUGGCAGAUGAGCUAUACGAUCAGGAUUACCCAAUCCGUACAGUAGAGGACAGACACAAGCUGGCUGCAGAGGGGAAGUUUGUCACCACGGAAUAUGAGCCAUGUUUUGACGCUGCCGAUUUUAUCCGAGCCGGAACAGAUCUGUUUGUGCAGAGGAGCCAGGUCACUAACUUCAUGGGAAUCGAGUGGAUGAAGCGUCACCUCGCUCCCACCUACAAAGUACACACUAUCUCAUUUAAGGAUCCAAACCCCAUGCACAUUGACGCCACCUUUAACAUCAUUGGACCCGGGCUGGUGCUGUCCAACCCAGACAGACCAUGCCGUCAGAUCGAGAUGUUUAAGAAGGCCGGCUGGACCGUGGUGCAUCCACCAACACCUUUAAUUCCUGAUGAUCAUCCACUCUGGAUGUCCUCCAAGUGGUUGUCCAUGAACGUCCUGAUGCUGGACGAGAAGCGCGUCAUGGUGGAUGCUAAUGAGACUACCAUUCAAAAAAUGUUUGAAAAUCUUGGUAUCAAGACGGUUAAAGUGAACAUUCGUCAUGCUAACUCCCUGGGUGGAGGUUUCCACUGCUGGACCACAGACGUCCGGCGCAGAGGAACUCUGCAGUCAUACUUCCACUAAACCUGCCAGAAAUCUACGCAGUUUUUUAUUGAGUUCACCUUCACAAAGCAGUGAUGAGUAAAUAAUCUGUUUGCAGUCAGGUCUCAGGGUGAUAACUUUUUAAUUUAAUCUCAUCAAAUUUCUACUGAUAUAUAACACAUAGAACGGAAAUCGACAUUUAGUUCACUUCAAAGUCUAGGCCUGGCUGUAACAGUUAAUAAAGUCUUAAUUUAAAUUUUAAUUUAUUUUUAUUUUAGCUGGGCUGUGCAUGUCCAAGCUUCUGCAGACACAGAGCAGACACUCAUUCAUGAUCUCAAUAACGACUGCAACAACCUUCUGGCUCACAGGACUGUGAAAGCUCCAGUUAAUUGAAUUGUAUUUUGUUGAUUGAUUUCCAGAUCAGUUCGACGCCCAAGCGUAAAAACUUUUUAAAUGAAUGUCAAAUCUUAAGAACUGAAAUCAGACAGCUUUUCUGUUCUACGCAGUCCCGAAGGAGUCGUAACUACUGUAGGAAACUCCACCCUGCCAUCCCAUAAUGCUCAGGGUAGUUCUGCUCUCAGCAUCACCAAGACAACAAACAUGGCCAGGAAGUUAAAAUAUAUAUAAAUAUAUAUACACACAUAUACAAAAAUUACUACCUCCUUUUUAUAAUUGAGAUUUUCUUUCUUAAACAAUUCUAACAUGAAUUUUGUACCUGUUGUUGAAGUAGUUUCCGGUCAGUGACUCUGCUGGUCAGCAGGAAGAGACGCCACUGAGUGAAAGUCCAGAGGAAGACGAUGGACUGUGGCUGUAUGUCUCCCCCUGCUGGUCAUCACAGGCACUAGUCAGAAUCUCACACAACCACACGAUGUAAAUAUCUUUUAUACAUGAUAAAUUUCUUUAGUUUCUUUUUUUUCUCUCAAAAUUUUUUUCCAGCAUCUAUUUUGCUUGUCUCCCAUCAUUUCUGUUAUUCUAAAGAGGUGAAUGAUGAGGUUUAUAUCCUGCUGCCUGUGUUGUCAUCUUCAAUAGCAGAGCUGACUCUGUGCCGCUUCGCUGCUCUUUUGUCUUCAUAGAUAAGGAUUAUUCUCAGUUUUCUGGGGAACAUUUGUAGCUGCUCUGAGCCUUUUGACGUAAGAGAUUUUGAACUAAUAUCAAUUUUAAAAAAAUGUAAAUAAAUAAAUAAAUAUCUAAAAAAACCACGUUUGUCAAUUAAGACUUGAUGCAUGAUGCAGAAAACAUUAAAAGAAUGUUUAAAAUCGA